AUGAUAACCUUUGCCCACAAGGGCAAAAGCAAAAGACCCAAGUUUCUGUUCAACUUGAAAAUCUUCGAACUCACGAAUAUACCGCAGAGCUCUGGCUAUUGCUUUGUCAAAUGGCACCUAAAAGAUGGCACGGGUACCACAAGCCAUGCAGUUAUCUCGAAUAGCGUUGCCCUAGACUCUCAAAACGUCAGAUCCAGUUCUCAAAGCCGUGGUACCACAGCUAGGGUGCUUGUCAAGCAUCAUAGGGCGCACUGGAACUAUAACCUACCGAAACCGGUUCAGGUUAAACUCACAAGUGACAAAUUCAAGCAAUUGCACCCUAAGGAGCUAGUGCUCGAAGUGUACUUUGAAUUUCUAGAGCCCACGAGCCACCCUGCCAAUGACAAAUAUCAAAUCUCAGACUCUGCGUCUUCUUCCAAUAGCGUGUAUACCAAAAAAGUGUCACGGAAAGUUCUCUUGGGUGUCGUAGAAGUCAACAUUGCAGAGUAUAUCAAUAAAGAACAAAAUCAAGUCCCAAGUCGCUUCCUUUUGCAGAAAUCCAAAGUCAAUUCCAUUCUGAGCAUAGCAAUUCAUAUGGAGCUAACGCGCGGUAGUUUUGACGAUUUUCAGCUUCCUCAAUAUGUCAACUCGGGACAGCUACCAAAUGCUUUCCGUAAUGGUAUAACGGAGGUGUUUGAAGGGACCUCCGAUGUUAGUUCUCCGGCAUCCUCCACUUCUCAGUCUAAUAGCAACGGUACAGCUGGAGCAUCAAACGGUGUGAGCCCUACCAAAAAAACGACGGAUAUUCAAGGUUCCUUUUCCAUUGCAAUCAAUAAUCCCUUUGUUGAGAAGCUAUAUCAAAGGACAUUCCAGAUACCGUGGGAUCCUCGACCAGGGGAGUUGACGCCGAAAGAAUGCGUGGAAGAUAUUCUCGAGGGAGGAGAUGGCUGGGCCAAAAACGAAAAAGGUAUCAACUUGAUAGAUAUCGAUGCGUUACAUUUAAUGGAAAUGGAAAGGAACUACGAUGUGCGUUCAAAUGGUGUGCCGGGGCAUAUAACUCACGGAGAAUUUGACAGACGAUUAUUCUUAGAAAAAAGAGUUGGGUUUGAAUCUCAAACUAACACUCAAAAGAGAGGUAUUGGCGGCCGCAAGAAUUUAGAGAAGACUGAUAAAGUGCUGUGUGAGGACGAUGUUGAGAAUUACGACCCUUCAAAGUUAAACAAUUUCAAAAGUUGGACAAUAAGUAAGAUUCUACCGUAA